AUGAACCCUAUCAUUCGCAGAGCCUUCUCGUCGCGAUCGGCCAUCCGCGCUCCUCCUGCUCCCAGCUCAUCUACGCUGCCCCUUGCAAGCGCCCCAAGGAGCAGCGUCGUCCGUCCCGGCCGUGUCGCCAUGCUGCCCAAGACAGCCGAGCCCGCCUCGGUCUCGGGCCCUGUCAGCCACGUUAGCACUACCGCCCAGAGCUUUGACACCACCUCCCAGGACGUCUUCCCCCAGGUCGGCUCUGUCUCGGUCCCCGGCGAGGAGCCCAAGGUCCUCCGCGUCGGAGAGAACCACUAG